AGAAGCCUUUUCAUCGAAAGGAUUCAUACCCGCAUUGUCAUUUCUGCAAUAAAACAGAAAGCUAAGUGGUGGAGGCCACAGACACCUCAAACCUGGAUUCCACAAUUCUACAUUAAGUGCUGGAGUUUUUAUUACUCUGCUGUAGGAAAGCCUUUGCCAAUGCUUACAAGGAACUGUUUAUCCCUGCUUCUCUGGGUCCUGUUUGAUGGAGGUCUCCUAACACCACUUCAACCUCAGCCACAACAGACUUUAGCCACAGAACCAAGAGAGAAUGUUAUCCAUCUGCCAGGGCAGCGGUCACAUUUCCAACGAGUUAAACGUGGCUGGGUAUGGAAUCAGUUUUUUGUGCUGGAGGAAUACAUGGGCUCCGAGCCUCAGUAUGUGGGAAAGCUCCAUUCUGACUUAGAUAAGGGAGAGGGCACUGUUAAAUACACCCUCUCAGGAGAUGGCGCUGGCACCGUUUUUACAAUUGAUGAAACUACAGGGGACAUUCAUGCAAUAAGGAGCCUGGAUAGAGAAGAAAAACCUUUCUACACACUUCGCGCUCAGGCUGUGGACAUAGAAACCAGGAAGCCCCUGGAGCCUGAAUCAGAAUUUAUCAUCAAAGUGCAGGAUAUUAACGAUAAUGAGCCAAAGUUUUUGGAUGGACCUUACAUCGCUAGUGUUCCAGAAAUGUCUCCUGUGGGUGCAUAUGUACUCCAGGUCAAGGCCACAGAUGCAGAUGACCCAACCUAUGGAAACAGUGCCAGAGUGGUUUACAGCAUUCUUCAGGGACAACCUUAUUUCUCUAUUGAUCCCAAGACAGGUGUUAUUAGGACCGCUUUGCCAAACAUGGACAGGGAAGUCAAAGAACAAUACCAAGUCCUCAUCCAAGCCAAGGAUAUGGGCGGACAACUGGGAGGGUUGGCCGGAACGACAAUAGUCAACAUCACCCUCACGGAUGUCAAUGACAACCCACCUCGAUUCCCCAAAAGCAUCUUCCAUCUGAAAGUUCCUGAGUCUUCUCCUAUUGGCUCAGCUAUUGGAAGAAUAAGAGCUGUGGACCCUGAUUUUGGACAAAAUGCAGAAAUUGAAUACAAUAUUGUUCCAGGAGAUGGGGGAAAUUUGUUUGACAUCGUCACAGAUGAGGAUACACAAGAAGGAGUCAUCAAAUUAAAAAAGCCAUUAGAUUUUGAAACAAAGAAGGCUUACACUUUUAAAGUAGAGGCGUCCAACCUCCACCUUGACCACCGGUUUCACUCCGCCGGCCCUUUCAAAGACACAGCCACAGUGAAAAUCAGCGUGCUGGACGUGGACGAGCCGCCGGUCUUCAGCAAGCCGCUGUACACCAUGGAGGUGUAUGAGGACACUCCAGUUGGGACCAUCAUUGGGGCCGUCACUGCCCAAGACCUCGAUGUGGGCAGCAGUGCCGUUAGGUACUUCAUAGAUUGGAAGAGUGAUGGGGACAGCUCCUUUACAAUAGAUGGAACUGAAGGAACCAUCGCCACUAAUGAAUUACUAGACAGAGAAAGCACCGCACAGUAUAAUUUCUCCAUAAUUGCGAGUAAAGUUAGUAAUCCGUUAUUAACCAGCAGAGUCAACAUACUGAUUAAUGUCCUAGAUGUCAAUGAAUUUCCCCCAGAAAUAUCUGUGCCAUAUGAGAUGGCUGUGUGUGAAAAUGCCAAACCAGGACAGAUAAUUCAGAUAGUCAGCGCUGCAGACCGAGAUCUUUCUCCUGCUGGGCAGCAAUUCUCCUUUAAAUUAUCACCUGAAGCUGCCAUCAAACCAAAUUUUACAGUUCGUGACUUCAGAAACAACACAGCUGGAAUUGAAACACAAAGAAAUGGAUACAGCCGAAGGCAGCAAGAGUUGUAUUUCCUCCCUGUUGUCAUAGAAGACAGCAGUUAUCCUGUCCAGAGCAGUACAAACACAAUGACUAUUCGAGUAUGUAGAUGUGACUCUGAUGGUACCAUCCUGUCUUGUAACGUGGAAGCAAUUUUUCUACCUGUAGGACUCAGCACUGGGGCUUUGAUUGCAAUCUUACUGUGCAUCAUUAUACUCUUAGCCAUUGUUGUGCUGUAUGUUGCUUUACGAAGGCAGAAGAAGAAAGACACCCUGAUGACGUCUAAAGAAGACAUCAGAGACAACGUCAUCCAUUAUGAUGAUGAAGGGGGCGGGGAGGAGGACACCCAGGCUUUUGACAUUGGUGCUCUGAGAAAUCCAAAAGUGAUUGAAGAUAACAAAAUCCGCAGGGAUAUAAAACCAGACUCUCUCUGUUUACCUCGUCAGAGACCACCUGUGGAAGAUAACACAGACAUAAGGGAUUUCAUUAAUCAAAGGCUACAAGAAAAUGAUAUGGACCCUGCCGCCCCACCGUAUGAUUCUUUGGCGACAUAUGCCUAUGAAGGCAAUGGAUCAGCAGCGGACUCCCUUAGCUCCAUAGAGUCUCUGACCACGGAAGCUGACCAGGACUACAACUAUCUGACAGACUGGGGACCCCGCUUUAAAGUCUUGGCAGACAUGUUUGGUGAAGAAGAGAGUUAUAACCCUGAUAAAGUCACUUAGGGGAGAAGCAAAAGCUAAAAAGCAACCAAGAGAAGAAAUUUAAGAAAAAGAACAAAAAUAGAAACCACACACGCACAUACACCCCAGGCUUUAUAGGACAAGAUUCCUUUGAUUAUCCAGUUUCUAGCAAGUUGCUAUAUUUAUCAUAUUGUCAGUUAUGAUUUAUUCUGCCAACACAAGAUAAACCCUAUAAUGUGUACUUGCUUGGUUUUGUUUUGUUAUUUUGGAAACACACUGAGACAAGCUCAGGCCUAUUAUAUAAUACAAUUUGCUGACAUGACAGCCUAGAAAGAAGAUAUAGCUAUGUGGCAUCACAGUGGAAGAGUGUUAGAUUUUUCUUAAUUCCACUAAAGUGCCUCUUGAAACUCUUAUCAUUUAAAGUGGUGUAGAGUACACUCUGCUGUGAUGGCAUUGAAGGAUUCAGAAACAGAGGACAUAAAACAAAGACACUGUCUUUAUGUCAAGGAGCAAUAGCAACAAGCUGACUUCUAAUUCCUUUUAAGGAAAAAAGAAGAAUACUUUCUGAACUCCAUCUUCUUAUAAUUAAACUGCUUUUUUCCCCCCUUUUUUAAACUGUAUGCCGAAACAUAUUUGUUUUACCUACCCUUUCAGAACUUUGAAAUAAAUGAGUUAAUAUCAAAUUCAAUAUGUAAGUCCCGAAUUUUAAAAGCAAUGUU